CUUCAAAACAAUAUUCCAUAGUCUACACUGUUAUCACAAAAUAAGCCUGUGCAACAAAAUUAAAUUUGAAUGCAGAAGACUUCAUCGGAUCACGCGCUCAUCUCAAAUUCACGAGAUGCCAUUAUGAAUCGACGCAAUAAACGCACUUCUUGGCUCCAAUAUGAGGUAUACCUGGAUGCGAUGGAGAACAGUCCAGCAUUAUCAUCAGGACGACUAUCGCGUCAUGAAGAUCUGGUAAGAUGGAAAUCAUUGGCUGGCGAUUUAAAUAAAUGCAGAUCGGGACCGCACCUAUCAGCAGAGGAAUGGCGAAAGCGUUUAAAUGAUUGGAAGAGCACCACACGGUGUAAAUACAGAAAAAGCCUUCAGUCCAAUGAUAUUACAAUGACAGAGAUUGAGACCAGGGCUCUUAAAGUCUUUGGUACAAUGCCGAAUGCAGAACGGGAUUUUACUGCCUGGAAGGAUGAAACCGAAGAAGUAGUCGAGGAAGAGCAGGAGGAGGAAGAAACAGAGGACGAAUUUGUAGAGGAGGAUUUGACCGAUGCCGAGAACGAGAUAAUUUUAGAGGAUAACAUAGAGCGCCCCACGAAGAUAGAAACUACGUAUCGGACUAUUUUACUCGAUGAUGAUGAUGCGCCUGCCGUGGAAUACAUAACUACAACCACAGACACAAAUGGACAUCCGCAGGCGGCCAAGAGAAUGCGGUUACCGUCUGGAAGUGCAUCAGUCAUCUACGACGUCGAACGCACGCCGUACAUCACCACAGAAUUAAGUGACACUACACCAAAUUUCGCCCAACAGAUUGAGCAACAGUUGAAAAGAAUUUCUGAUAUCCAAUAUGAGUCCCUGCAAUUCAAGAUAGCCCGAUUUAAGUUCAAUAAUCCCGGCUUUGAGUACGAACCGUCAGAGGAAUAGAUAGAGAUAAAGAAGAUAUUGAACGAUUGGUAAUCGCAAGCGGAAGAUAUAAAAUUAACAGACCUGACCAGAUCAAUCGAGCUGUAUAUUUUUCGAAAUCAAUUUUAUGUUAAGUUUAACUAGACUCUAAUUAAAUAAAUUAUAGAAAAAAAUGCAAUGAAUCCAUCACUUGAUGAGGCCUGAUUAAAGACUGUUCCAAAUGGAACAAGUAGUUAGUUUCGUCAAGUGAAGUUAAUCAAAGAUAA